ACUAACUUUCCAAAAAGCCCCUUACCAACCUAAACUCAUCAUGCCUCCUAGAAGACAAAAUCCUCCUCGUCAACGAGCUGUUCGGGACAUAGAAAUGGAAGAACUACGUCAACAAAUUCAAAGGCUUCAAGAAAUACUCGAAGCUUUUGAGGGACAGCAAACUCAACACCCGCAAGAUGAACCACAUGAGUCAGAGGAAGAUACUGAUGACAAGAAUCCCUUCCAUCACCUAAGGGAUAAUGAAAGCUCAUCAUCAACAAAAAAGGUUCGUCGUCGACGACGUCCCCAACAAAAUGCUGCUCCCAAAUCCACUGACCUUGGCAUCAAAAUUGAUAUUCCAGAUUUUGAAGGUCGCCUUCAACCAGAUGAAUUUAUCGACUGGUUGCACACUGUGGAACGUGUGUUUGAACUCAAGGAUAUUCCUGACAACAAGCGUGUAAAGCUCGUCGCCAUCAAAUUAAAGAAGCAUGCAUCCAUUUGGUGGGAGAAUCUCAAACGCAGUCGAGAAAGAGAAGGCCGCAACAAAAUUAGAACUUGGGAGAAAAUGCGUCGGGAACUCACUCCCUCCGACUAUCCAAAUAGGAGAGUUGUCACCAUUAUCGGAGGAGAAAUUCAUGAAGCCUCAGAAGAUGAAGCACAAAAGGAGCAAAAUGAUGAAACUGAGUCACCCCAACUUGAGGAAAAACUCAUCCCAGCUCACCACGGAGAAUCUUUGGUUGUGCGUCGUAGUCUACAUGCUACCAUAACCAAGGAUGAAGAUCGGCUUCGACAUAACAUCUUUCACACCAAAUGCACUUCUCGAGGGAAAGUCUGCAAUGUCAUCAUUGACAGUGGAAGUUGUGAGAAUGUUGUGUCAAAUUAUAUGGUUGAGAAGCUAGGUCUGCCUGUCAAAGAUCAUCCCCAUACAUACAAGUUACAAUGGCUACGAAAGGGAAACGAGGCUAUCCAUGACGGCCAUGCUAACACCUACUCGUUUGUGGAAGAUGGUGUGAAGGUCAAGCUCACUCCCUUGAAGCCUGAAGAAACACUUGAAAAGAAGGGUGAGGACAAGGCUUUAAUCUCCAGAUCAACCUUUCAGAAGUUGCACCAAGAGUCGGGAAUAGCAUGUCUCCUACUAUUAUCCAAAGUAAAUGAUGCCACUUGCCAUUUUCCAGAAGAAAUCCGAUCUCCCCUUGAAGAAUUUUCUGAUGUUGUUCUUGACGAGAUCCCUCUUGGAUUACCACCAAUGAGAGACAUUCAGCAUGCCAUUGAUUUCAUCCCAGGAUCUAUCAUCCCAAACAAGCCCGCUUAUCGGAUGAACCCUCAAGAGUAUGCGAAACUUCAACGACAAGUCAAAGAACUGAUGAAGAAAGGACUUGUCAAGGAAAGUGUUAGCCCAUGUGCCGUGCCUGUGCUACUCAUCCCAAAGAAAGACAGAACUUGGAGAAUGUGUGUAGAUAGUCGAGCAGUCAACAAAAUCACUAUCAAGUACCGCUUCCCAAUUCCACGUCUUGAUGAUAUGCUUGAUCAACUGCAUGGAGCUACUGUCUUCUCAAAGAUUGAUUUGAGAAUAUUUCAACCAUUCAUUGGGAAAUUUGUUGUGACUUACUUUGAUGAUAUCCUGGUAUAUAGCAAGAAUGAACAGGAGCACCUAGACCAUCUUCGGCAAGUUUUGGAAGUCCUUAGAGAGCAGAAACUUUAUGCUAAUCUCAAGAAAGGUUCAUUCCUCACUACAAGUGUGACAUUUCUUGGAUACAUCAUCAUUGCUCAAGGUAUUAAGAUGGACCCCAGUAAGAUUGAUGCUAUUGUCAACUGGCCUACACCAACAUCGAUGCAUGAUGUUCGAAGCUUCCAUGGCCUGACAUCUUUUUACCGAAGAUUCAUCAAGAAUUUAAGUUCUAUUGUUGCCCCUAUUACUGACAGCCUUAAGGGUGACAAAUUUUUAUGGAGUGACAAAGCCCAACAGAGCUUUGAAGAAUUAAAGAGGAAGCUCACUGAAACCUCUGUACUUGCACUUCCCAACUUUGACAUGAUGUUUGAAGUAGAUUGUGAUGCUUCUAAUGUUGGAAUUGGUGCAGUGUUAAGUCAAGAAGAGCAUUGGAGUCAUUAUCUUCUUUCCAAAGAAUUCAUCUUGCACUCUGACCAUGAGGCAUUGAAGCACCUGAAUUCUCAACAGAAGAUCAGUCGCCGACAUGCUGCUUGGAGUGAAUUUCUACAAGCUUAUCCUUUUUUCCUCAAAUACAAAUCUGGAGUCCAAAAUUGUGUAGCUGAUGCUCUAAGUCACCGACAUGCCUUGCUUACUUCCUUACAAAUGAAAGUCACUGGAUUUGAAGUGAUCAAGGAGUUGUAUGAGGAUGAUCCUGAUUUUAGCAACAUUUGGCAAGCCACUUCUAAUCAAGCCUUUCAGCAAUAUCAUCGCCAGCAAGAUUACCUCUUCAAGGGGUUGUAUCUGCCAUUGCCUAUCCCAACUUCACCUUGGGAAGAUGUUAGUAUGGAUUUUGUCCUUGGUCUACCACGAACUCAACGAAGCAAGGAUUCUAUCAUGGUCGUGGUUGACAGAUUUUCUGAAAUGGCUCACUUUAUUGCUUGUCAGAAAACUAAUGAUGCUUCUCUCAUUGCUGAGUUAUAUUUUAGAGAGAUUGUGCAUCUACAUGGAGUUCCAAAGACCAUCACUUCAGAUAGAGAUGUGAAGUUCAUGAGUCAUUUUUGGAGGACUUUAUGGAGAAAGAUGGGCACUCAACUCCAUUUUGUGGGAAAAAAUUUGCGACAAUGGGAUCUUGUGCUUGCCCAAGCUGAGUUUGCCUACAACAACUCUUCAAAUCAAGCUACAGGAAAAUGCCCAUUUGAAGUAGUAUAUGGAGUGCGUCCUCUUAGUCCUUUAGAUCUUGCUCCAUUGCCCACAUCUCGACAAUUUAGUGCAGAUGCUGAACAACGAGCCAAGGAGAUCAAGAAACUUCAUGAAGAAGUUCGUGAGAAGCUACAACGUCAAACCAUUAGGUAUAAGGCUCAUCAUGACAAGCACCAAAAGAAGGUUGUGUAUAAAGAAGGAGAUUGGGUUUGGAUACACCUUCGAAAGGAAAGGUUUCCUAAUCGACCUAAUGUCAAACUCUUCCCUAGAGCAAAUGGUCCUUUUCAGAUAGUGGAGAAAAUCAAUGAUAAUGCCUACAAGAUCAAACUUCCAGGUGACUAUGGAGUCUCUGCUACUUUCAAUGUAGCUGACCUAUCUCCUUACUAUGAGGAUCAUGAGCAUUGAACUCAAACUCGAGGACGAGUUUUCUCCAACCAGGGGAGAAUGCACCAGGGGAAAGCACCACGUCAUUGCACCAAGAUUGCAAGUCAGCAACUUCAGACUAUACUUUGCAGGGUACAAAUAGGCCGGUGCAAUUUUGUCAAAGUGGCCACUAAAUGGCUAACUCCCAA